UCGACGUCGUUGUCGUCGUCUGGUGGGACGUCGCAUCCGUCGCAUCAGAGUGUUGUUUUGUUUUGGUUUGCGAAAACGAGUGAUUGAAAAAUUGGCCGCGGCCGGAAGCAUUUCUUCCGUCUAUUCUGUGGUCAUUCAGUUUUAAAAGUACCGAGAAAACCGCGUUGUGACCAUGAAGUGCUUCGCACUCGGUUGCCCAAGUGAUUUCCACGGAAAAAGGAACGUCAAGCCGGAAUAUUCGCGCCAUCGGUUCCCCAUGGACUUGGAACGGCGAAUGGUGUGGGUCGAAGCCAUUUCCAGGGGCGAGAACAGAGUGCUCGACGCGGACACCAUAAACUUCAAGAGCGCGAGGCUGUGUUCGAACCACUUUCCGGAGAGUGAUUUUCACUUCCACAAGUGUCGGAAUCGGCUGAACGAUACGGCGGUGCCAUCGUUGUUCGGGGCCGCUGCUGUGGAAAAGGGAAAGCGAUGUGCAACUGAACAACAGAAAAACAACAUCUUCAUACAGUGUGAGGAGAUGCCGCAGAGCAUCCCAGGGCACAUUAACACCAAAAAGUGUGCCAAAACCGCGCAAAGGGAAACGAGAAAUCUCAUAAACGGAGCGCUGGGUUGCAUGAGGAAGUAUGCAGCCGAACCCAUGUCAGACGACUCCACCGUGUUCCGGCUGGAGAGGUUUCCGCACGUUUGCCGACUGUGUCUGAAGGCACCAAAAUCGCCGAAGCAGGUUAUGGUUGCCCUCAAUGCGACUAACUACCUUUCGGAUGGAAUCAGCAUAGGUCGGUUUAUCGUUGAUAUCCUGCCGGCGGAAGUGACUUUGGACCAGAGUAAUCAACAUUUCCUGCCAAACUCGGUUUGUCUGGAGUGCCUGGACAUUCUGAAGUUCUUCGCCAAAUAUCGGCGCAAGAUAGCGGCCGUCCAUUUGCUCAUGAAUUCGCUAGCCGCAAUGAAGAUUCGCGGCGAUUCCGGCCCGAUCGUAGAUCUUUUCAACAACCAGCCCGACCUGGUACGAACGGUGAUCAAAGAUCUGGACCUAUGUAGGAAGGAUAACUACAGCGUCGUUGAUUUACUGAGGGAGUUUCCUCGCUAUGAUUUGGCAUCCUUCGAGGGGCUUGUCAUUAAAGAGGAAGAAUUGGACAAUGAACCGGAACAUGUGGCAGAACUGCCGUUGGAAUCCGAUGUAACGUUCAUCGAAGAAAGUACAUUGGCUGAAUUGACCGAACUGGUCAACAAUCCCGAUCUUCUGGUGACGGACAGCUCCGAUGACUAUCCAAUUUUCAAGAAGAUAAAAGCACCUAUUAAAUCCAAAUACGGAGGAAAGAAGCUGGACAAAGCGCUGCAGUGUCCCCAGUGCCGCUAUUCCACCUUCUACAAACGUAACUUCCAGACACAUCAGAAGAGGCACCAGAAACAAGAAGAUCGGGUGUACCCCUGCAAGGAACCCGGUUGUACGGAGGUGUUCAACACGAAUGCAGAGUACAGACGGCACAUGCCAAUAGCGCACAAGUCGCUCAUCUGUGAUAAUUGUGGAUUGCGGUGCGCCACGCAAAACGCCCUGAAUACGCACAUGGCCCGACAUCAGAUGAAACUGGAAUACGAGUGCCCAUACUGCCAGCGGCGACAUAACACGAAAAGCGAUUUGCGGACCCACAUCCGGUGGAGGCAUCUGACCAAGAAGGUUUUCCCCUGUGAAAUUUGCGGGAUGUCCUUCCACAGGAAAUCGAUUCGGGACGAGCAUCUACUCACUCAUAGUACCGUCUAUGCCGUUUCCUGCACGAUCUGCGACAAGAAGUUCAAGGCGGAAAAGUUCAUGAGGAAACACAUUAGCGUUGUCCACGAGAAGGUUCGCAUGAACUGUAGCUACUGCACUGCGAACUACCAAAGUAUCUACAAGCUGAACAAUCACAUAGAAAGCGCCCAUGGGGUGCAAAGGCGAUUCGUUUGCGAUGUGUGCGUUCAAACGUUCUCCAGUCGGGAGAAGUUGGACAGUCAUCGGGCCCGACACGACAAUCCGCACGAGCUGGAGUGUGCAACGUGUUUGGCAGUGUUCAAUUCGAAGGAUCAAAUCGGGGAUCAUUCGUGUAUCACUUAUAGAGAUGAUUACGUUUGCUGUGGACGAGAUUUACGCUACCAUUACAUCUAUAAUAAGCACAUGCUUACGAAGCAUGGUAUCAAAACGAACGUACGGGUGAAACCUGUUCCGGGACUCCUGAUGGGUCAAAUGAGAGCUAAAAGGAAACGUAUCGAGUCGUGCCCCAAGUGUGAGAAAAUUUUUGCCACCCGAACGCAGAAGAAGCAGCACAUGGAAAUCUGUACGUUCAACGAAGAGCAAGGCGCGAAAGACAAUGCGGAAGCGGAGGGGACCAUGGCAGCAGAAAUCCUGAUGGAACUAGAUGAGGUUAUUGAACAUGAAGUUGAAGUCCAGUGAAUAAAUUUGUUGUUAAGUUAAAGUUCUCAGACAAUGAAUAUGUCCGUAAGCCCUUUAGUGAUUCAUGAUAUUACAAAUUAGGAUGAUGA